AUGGAGAUGCACCCGGAGCACAUGGUCAGCGAGGGCCACAUGCAGGAAGCGCCCCCACAGAUACCCAGCGACGGCAUGCAGCAGCAGCAACAACAACACGUGCUUGUCGAAGAAGUGCAGCCACUACCGCCGCCGCAACCGCAACUGCAACCGCAACAGCCCAUGGUCGCCGAAACCCAAGAAACGCAGAAGCACAUGGACCAGACAAUGGACGUGGACGACAGCCAGAACACGACCAUUACCGCUUCCACCGUGGGCCCGCUGCCCGACUUCCACCCGAACAACGGCGCCUAUGCGCAGAACAACAACGGCUACACUCCAGAACCACACCGACCUUCGACGUCAUACUCCGACACCGCUUACCAGUACACUACCCACAAUGGCUCGCGCUUCAACACCACCCUCAGACGCCGACACACCGCCACGGCACGGCUAACUACGAUGGCAGCAAAGAGACACACAUGGGCCAGUCGCACUCGCGGCCGAGCUCCGCAGAUGGGACGGUACCCAGCGUCGGACGGCGGUUCAAGGUCAAAUUCAUAUCAGGAUCAGAACCAGCGGAGUGCGCAGCAACAACAGCAGCAACAACCGACCCCGCCAGAGGCUGCCAACAAGAACGCCAGUGUGGUAAUCAAGGUUGGCAUGGUUGGAGAUGCCCAGAUCGGCAAGACCAGUCUGAUGGUGAAAUACGUCGAGGGCAGCUGGGACGAAGACUACAUCCAAACACUCGGUGUCAACUUCAUGGAGAAGACCAUCUCCAUCCGGAACACCGAGAUCACCUUCUCCAUCUGGGAUCUGGGUGGUCAGCGCGAGUUCGUCAACAUGUUGCCGUUGGUCUGUAACGAUGCCGUGGCCAUACUCUUCAUGUUCGACUUGACCAGGAAAAGCACACUGAACUCGAUCAAAGAGUGGUAUCGCCAAGGGCGUGGCUUCAACAAGACUGCGAUCCCGUUCCUGGUCGGUACCAACAUCAACGUCCAGAAGAUCUUCAAGAUUGUGCUUUCGAAAGCCUUCGAUCUGAAGUGCACGAUCCCGGAGAUAGAGAACAUCGGCGAGCCCCUUCUGCUCUACCAAGCCGUCUAG